AACACAUGCCGUUUCACAUAUUCAAGAAAGAGGGGAAUGGGCAACAGCCGCCCCCACCACAACCACCUACAACCCUUAACUUAGGGACAAUAAAAUUCAAAACCACUAAUAUUACCAAUGAUUACACCAUAUCCUCCCGUACUCUUGGUGUUGGAAUUAAUGGCAAGGUCGUUGAGUGCUUCAACAAGAAAACUAAUCAGAAAUAUGCUUUAAAAGCUCUGAGGAAGAGUGCGAAGGCGUACAGAGAGUGUGCCCUGCAUUGGAUGGUACGAUCCCAUCAAAAUAUAGUCAAUGUGGUUGAUGUCUACGAGAACACAUUCUCUGGCACCAAAUGCUACCUUAUGGUUAUGGAAUGUAUGGAGGGCAGAGAGUUAUUCGAAAGAAUUCAAUCUAAAGGUGAUGAUGCUUUUACUGAGAAAGAAGCAAGCAUAAUAACCAGGCAAAUAUGCGAGGCUCUGUCUUGCUUGCAUUCAAAGAAUGUCGCACAUAGGGAUAUAAAGCCUGAGAACCUGUUAUUCAAGAACCAUGACGCGAAUGCAACGUUAAAACUAACAGACUUUGGGUUUGCUAGUGAGGUUGUGAGCGGUUUGAAACUGAAGACUCCCUGUUUUACACCCUACUACGCAGCUCCUGAAGUACUGGGACCGGAGAAGUACGACAUGUCAUGUGACAUGUGGUCUCUGGGCGUUAUUAUCUAUAUAUUAAUAUGCGGUUACCCCCCAUUCCACACGGAAGGAGGAGCCCCCAUGUCUCCGGGAAUGAAGAAACGGAUCAGACAAGGAGAUUACACGUUUCCCGAUCCAGAGUGGAGCAAUGUCUCAGAAUCAGCAAAAGAUCUGAUACGAGGACUCCUCUGUACUGACACAACUAGGAGGUUCACCAUCACUCAGACCAUGAACCACCCCUGGAUCAAGGACACUAACUCUGUUCCAGACACUCCUCUCAUGUCAGCUAGGAUACUGAACGAGGAGGCUGAUAUGUGGGUAGACAAGAAGGAGGAGAUGAACAAUGCCCUAAACCAGAUGCGUAUUAACUACGACAACGUAAUUAAACUGGGCAACAUGAGUGACAUCCACAACAGUAACCCAAUCCUGAAGCGUCGCCAAAACAAGAAGAGCGACACAGCGCACCAGCUGAAGAAGCAGAGAACGGAGACUCCCCCAACUUGAGACUAUCUGCCUCUAUAAACAAUGGCUCCUUCCCCCAGCACCUGCCAACUCCUCACGGUUAUCUGGAGAUAAUGACUGCGUUAAAGCUCAUGGGACAGGGAGUUGAGGAGCUGAGAGCUGAGUUGAGCGUGGUUAGGGGUAUUGAGCACAAAGUUAGGAAAAUGGAAACUCAAGUGUCAAACAUGGAGAGCGAGCUGAGUGUUGUUCAUGACAAGAUUGACGACAUUUGUCAAGCUACUGUUAUUGAUAGUAGCUGCAGUAGCAGUAGCGCCAAUUAUAUUGACAGAGGAAAUGUGAUCUAGUGAGCGUGUUAUGUGAUUUCUAAUUCUGAACUUUAUAUUUGACAGAGUCUGCACAAUGUUUUGUGUUUCUGGUGUCAUUGCCAUCUUAUCAUGUACUUUCUUAUGACAUACUUGGAGACAGAAUAGAAGCAGUAAUUCGAGUUUGGGAUAAUGUAAUAUUGAUUACUAAGAGUAAUUUCA